GGGAGGAAGUGCUGCUGGCUGACUUUUUCCUCCCACAAAGACGCACUUCCUCCCAGCUCUGCUGUCCCCACUCAUCAGCGGCCGCAGGACUCACGGAGGAGCAGCAGAGGAACAUGAAGGCCCUGGUUCUGCUUCUGCUUCUGGGAUCCAGCUGUGUCUGCACGACUUCUUUUCCCAGUUUUUCUUUGCCUACACAUGAACCAGAGGAGCUAUUCAGCAGUCCAUUCAGAACCAAAACAAAUGACCCAUUGUCAAACACCGACAGAGUCCUGGGAACCACCCGACACAUUAACACCUCCGACAUCCACAGUUCAUCAACUCAUGGAGCUUCAGCCCAUGGAAACACUACCAAACCUCCAGAUUUACUUCCAGAUGAUACGUCCUCUGUCUCAGAGCUUUUCUAUCCAAACACAGACCAAACUGCUUUAUCCAGUGUUGGUGGGUCCACCACUGACCAAUUAAAUGGUCAUACUGUCCCGUCUGGUCCAAGUGUGUCCACCACUAACCAGUUAGAGGCUCACAAUGUCUUAUCUACCACAGGUGUGUCCACCACCAAUCAGUUGAAUGUCCACACCGUCUCAUCUGGUCCAGGUGUGUCCACCACCAAUCAGUUGAAUGUCCACACCGUCUCAUCUGAUCCAGGUGUGUCCACCCCCAAUCAGUUGAAUGUCCACACCGUCUCAUCUGGUCCAGGUGUGUCCACCCCCAAUCAGCUGAACGUCCACAUCGUCUCAUCUGGUCCAAGUGUGUCCACCACUGAUCGGUUGAAUGUCCGCACUGUCUCAUCUGGUCCAGGUGUGUCCACUACCAAUCAGUUGAAUGUCCAGACUGUUUCAUCUGGUCCAGGUGUGUCCACUACCAAUCAGUUUAAUGUCCAAACUGUUUCAUCUGGUCCAGGUGUGUUCACCACUGACCAAUCAGAAAUUCCAACAAUGUUAUCAGAUGCAAAUGUGUUCACCUCCGACCAAUCAGAUGUUCACGUUGUCUCAUCUGGUCCAGAUGUAGUCGCAACUGGCCAGUCAGAAGUGACAAACAGUUCAAAAGGACACAGGAAGCCACAGCCUAAGACUGAAACAGCAUCAGUGUUGAACACAUUGUCCUCCCUUAAUGGAAACCAAAUUGACUCCAGUGGAAGCAGAACCAGGCUUGGUUCCUCUGCAGGAUAUCCACGGAAGAGCACAGUUGGACUGAAGGACUUCACAUUCCCCUUUGAGUUUUCACCAUCUGCUGCAGCUACAUUUUCUGACAGCUCAUCUGCUGACUCUGAGCCAAACACCAUAUCAACAUCUUAUCGUAUUACUUAUACAAAAGGCUCUACUUUAGCUACACCAACCAUAGCUUACACACCUGGAGAAUCACUCCUUACAUCUGUCUCCAUGACAGAGACAAACCCAUCAUACAACCAUUACAAACUUGUCACAGCUUCUGAAGCUUCACCUUCAGUUGAAGGCUUUUCUCAACAUCCAGACACAGCUAGGACAGUGAAUGAAGUAGCUGACAACACACCCGGUGGCACACCUCAAACCACACCUGAAGCCACAUCUGCUGUUUCAGGAUCUGCAUAUACAUCUGUAAUAACACCUGAGAUUGGACCCAUGACCUCACCUGGGGUCACUCCAAGAACGAACCCUAAAACUACAUCUGCAACCACAAAUGCAGCUUCCGCACCUGGAACCUCACCUGGAGAUUCUGAACCUGAAACCCCACCUGGUGCUUUCACGCAUGAAAUGAAGCCUGCAGUGACAUCAGCAAUGCCUACACUUCAGUCCACACCUGGAAUCUCCACACCUGAAUCCACACCAGCAGCUUCUGAACAUGAAACGACAUCUGAAGCUCUAACACAUGAAACCACAUCUGCCGCUAAACAUACAACUACACUUGCAAUCAGAACUACAACCAGAACGCCAACACCGAGCUCUGCACCAGUGACCACACCCACAGCAACAACGCAUGUAGUGUCCACCCCCUCUACACCCAUAAUGGCUGUACCAACAAGUCUCCCUAGCAUCACCACGCAAACCACACAGUCAACUAUAUCUCCACUGCUGGCCACCACACAUGUCCAGACCAGCUGCGCCGUGGAGCUAACAGAGGUCAGGACCACCUGGGACUCAGCAGUGGUUUGGUUCACUGCUGCCUGUCCAUCACCUGACUUCACAGCCUUCAUGGAUCCAGGCUCUAGGCCAACCGCAGUCCGCUGUGAUCAGGAUGGAAACAAUGGAUAUACGUUUAUCUGCAACAUGACAGAGCUACAACCAGGAACUUUGUAUGAACUAAGGGUGAUCUCUGGGAACGAUGAGGAGAGAAGCCUUGGCUCAAUACGCACAGUACCAGUUAGUCCAGCUCAGCUUGAGAUCCAGUUGGACCCUGAAAACAUGGCUUCAGUUCAUGAAGGAUCCUCUGGGCUGCGAGUCCUUUGGUCCCUCUCUGCAGGACAUGUGGACUGGUAUAAUGUAACUCUGGAAGACGUCCACUCCGGUAUGGUUCGUAGCAACAGAGUCAUGGGUUCUGCAGCUCCCCAGUCUUGUUUCACCUCCCUUGUCCCAGGAACUCUGUACAACAUCAGUGUGUUGGCCAUAUCUGGGAACAAGACUGCUGCACCUGUGCACACCAUUGCAGUAACAGCCCCUUCAGCGGUGGAUGGCCUUCAAGUAGCAUCCUCAUCUUUAGACAGCCUCAGUGUGCUCUGGCGGCCUGGCCCAGGACGGGUGGAAAACUUUAAGGUCCUAGUGACGGACCAGGAUGGGUUUCUCCUGAGGAACAUCACUUUGACGAACACUACGACCUACACCAAGCUGGAUGGGCUGCAGCCAGGGACACCGUACAGGGUCACCGUGGUAACAAAUGCUGCUGGCCUGCAGAGCUCUGCCUCCAUACAGGCCUACACUGUCCCAGCAGCUGUGUCAGAUCUGAUUAUCAACAAUGAUGGCAGCUCAGAGAGUCUCCGGGCCUCCUGGACCGCACCUAAAGGGGGUGUGGACUUUUUUACAGUGACCCUGUGGGCUUCAGGUUUGACCCCUGAGCAACGAAUCCUAGCCCCCAAUGUCACCCAGCUGGUGUUUGAGGGUCUAACCCCUGGACGCCGCUACCAGCUGUCUGUCAACUCCUCAGCAGGAGGCCUGAGUUCAGAGAGCAGGACUGAAGGAAGGACAGUUCCUGACCAGGUGUCCACCCUCUCCAUGUCCAUUGACAGCAGCAAGCUGCAACUCAGCUGGUCUCCCCCCAGAGGCGACUGGGAGUACUACAGCGUUCUGUUGACAGAUGGCCCUGCUGUUCUAUUUAAUAGGACAGUCAGUAAGAAGAGCAGAGAGCUUCUCGUGUCCAUCCAGAGCCUCGGUUUAGUUCCAGGACGGCUCUACUCUGCAGAGUUCGCGGUGCACAGCGGCAGUUUGAGUAACACAGCCCACUGCAGCAGCAGACUAGCACCUCGUCCUGUGCAGCAGCUUGUCCUUCGUCAUGCUGAUGAGACGUCUCUUAGUGUGCAGUGGAGACAGCCCGUUGGACGUUGGGACAGCUUCACGGUGCUUCUCACAGAUGAGGACCUCGCCACUCCUGACACUCAGAGGAUCCUCAGUGGUGGAUCCAGAGAGUGCACCUUCCGAGGCCUCGCCUCAGGACGCCGCUACACUGUUACCGUGAAAACUAGCAGCGGUACCCUGAGCAACUCUGACUCCCUGACAGCAUGGACCACACCAGCUCCGGUCAGCGGGCUGCAGGUUUUUAACCUCGACAGCACCGACAGCCUGCAGGCUCAGUGGGAACUGGCUUCUGGAGACCAAGACUCGUACCAAGUUCUGCUGGUCCGUGACAGCAGCGUCAUCAAGAAUAAGAGUGUUGCAGGCAACAUCAGCAGCAUAAGCUUCCAGAACCUGAGACCAGGAGCACAGUACAAGGUGGUGGUCACCACCAUCAGAGCCGGACACACUUCCAGACAGACUGUGGCCGAAGGACGCACAGUGCCAGCGGCGGUCACCGAUGUUCGGGUCAGUAACAAUGGUCGCACGGAUUUCCUCACCGUGUCCUGGAAUCAGGCUGCAGGUGAGGUGGAUAGUUACUUGGUAACCCUGAGUGACCGUGACAGGACACUGCACAGCCUGGCCGUGUCAAAGUUCAACCCUGGCUGCAUCUUCAACUCGCUGGUAUCUGGACGCCUCUACAACAUCUCCAUCACCAGCUGCAGCGGUCGCUACAGAAACCACACCUUCAUCCAGGAGAGAACACAGCCCUCAAAGGUGCAGAACCCCACAGCGACUCAUGGUGCUCGGGAUGACUCCCUGAAGGUUUAUUGGCGUCAUGCUGCUGGAGACCUUGACUUCUACCAGGUGUUCAUCAAACACAACAACACCUUCCUGCAGAACAAGACAGUCCAGAAGACACAGAGCGAGUGUGUGUUCACUGGACUGGUACCAGGACGGCUCUACACAGUACUAGUGAACACCUGGAGCGGUUCUUACGAAGCCAGUGCGUCCACCCAUGGAAGAACCUUCCCAGCAGCGGUCCAAUCUCUCAGUCUUGCGGGACGGGGGACUGAGGACCUUCGGGUGACAUGGUUGGCAGCUCCAGGUGAUGUGGAUCACUAUGAAGUGCAGCUGCUGUUCAGUGACAUGAAAGUGUUUCCACCUCUCACUCUGGGCAGUGGGGUGGGGGAGUGUGUCCUGUCAUCACUCACACCUGGGCGACUCUACAAGAUCUUAGUUUCAACCUUCAGCGGUCCAAAUCAGAGGACCCAGUUCAUAGAGGGUCGAACAGUUCCUAGUAAGGUGAAGAACAUCCAUGUUAACGGUGACAGCAGUCAUCUGAAGGUGAGCUGGACUCCUGGGCCAGGUGAUGUGGAUGGAUACUCAGUCUUUCUGUACAGAGAGAGUCGAGAACUGGCUGUCCAAGCUGUCCUCAAGCACCAAAAUGAGGUGACGUUUGACUGGCUGCAGCCAGGUCAACUGUACGGUGUUAUGGUUCAGUCUUCAAGCGGAGAGCUGCUGAACAACAACACAUCCACGGGACGCACAGGUGAGAGCAAGAAAGAGGUUUUCAGCACACAUUAGUUGGCCCUCAGUGAGCCGUGACAGUUUUCUCCGUCCCAUUGUCCGAAGUUUGUGCCUUCCCCUCUUUUCUUUCUGUCCUUCCUUCGUCUCUCUUUACCAUAUGCCCUUAAUUCAUUCCUACUUGUCCAUCUGCUUUGUGUCUUGU